AUGUCUGCCAACUCCUUCAACCGCGCAGCUCUAGACGAGUUUGUCACACACCGAGUCUCUCGCGAGAUGGUGACGUACCUUGCCCAACAAGCAUCACAGGUCAUCCGAUGCGAGGCCCAUGUGACCAACACUGUCAGCCAGCAUGGCCAACCCACGCCGCCUUCCACACCUCCUAUGGACGCUACCGACUCCCUGCCGCCACUCCCUUCCAUCGAAGCCUUCAUUGCAUCCCUCGUCGCACGGUCGCAGGUCCAGGUGCCCACCCUGAUGAGUUCGUUGGUGUACCUGGGCCGUCUCCGAGCCCGUCUCCCACCCGUGGCCAAGGGCAUGCGAUGCACUGUCCACCGGAUCUUCCUCGCUUCGCUGAUCCUCGCCGCCAAGAACCUCAAUGACUCUAGCCCGAAGAACAAGCACUGGGCUCGGUAUACCGCUGUAAAGGGAUUUGAAGGAUUUGGCUUUUCGCUGCCAGAGGUGAACUUGAUGGAGCGUCAGCUGCUCUUCUUGUUGGACUGGGAGACCCGUGUCACGGAGGAGGAUCUCUUGACUUAUCUGGAACCUUUUUUGGCUCCUAUCCGUCAUCGCAUGGAACAGCAAGAGCGUGAACGGAGAGCGGAGGAAGAGAACCAAUGGAAGCAACAUCACCGUCGUCGUAUCGGUACCCCCGCGGAUCUGCUGGCCAGCCGCCUGCGCCGUCAGAAGGUGGAGGCCCGCGUUGACAGUCGCCGCGGCGAAGUCACCGGCCUGCGUCGGCUCCCUAGCCACGUCUCCUGCCCUGCCAUUCACAACAUUCACAAUUCACCCCAAUCCCUCGCCGAACUUGAACGAUACACUCCCUACCACCGUCACCGCACAUCCCCUCACCGACCUGGCCGGUCCAUCUCCCCGCCUUCCAUCAGAGAUGUCCCCGGUCUCUCCCAUGCGGAGACUCUCAACUCGCUUUGCUCUCGCUCAUCCAGUGCUGCUCCAAGCUCCCGCGGUACCCCUGCCAGCAUCAGCACUUGCUCUUCUCAUGGCACCGACGACGUGAUGCUGGUGACUGAUACCAACACCAGCCCGUCCGUCUCAUCUUUGACAUAUAGCUAUGUCAAUGUCGACUCGAAGCAGCAGUUUGAACCCGCUCGUCAGCCUAGCAAGAAGAUGAAGGUCUCCGGUCAUGGUCACGGCGGUGGCUUUGUCGCACGCUUCCUGGCUUCAGCUACGGGCUCCUACAUGGGGAGCCGCAUCGGUCGGCCUCACGCAUAA